AUGGCUAUAGCUCUCUCUCACAAGCUUCUGAGCAUACACCAUUUCUACACAAAUCCUUCAUUUAACUCUCGAAAAAGAAACCAAAAUUUAUCUGCUCGUUUAAAAACCACCGUCCCCAAGUCAUCAUCUCCUCAAACCACCACCACCACCAAGACAACAACAAGUUCUCUUGAUACCAAACCGAAACCAAAAACGACUUCGGUUAAUAGCAAGCCUUCUUCAACUUCCACAGAUGGAAUUAAGAUUGACGAGGUUGGACUGGAGAUUUUAUCAAUUGCAUUGCCAGCUGCUUUGGCACUUGCUGCUGAUCCUAUUACUUCACUUGUUGAUACUGCCUUUGUUGGCCAUAUCGGAUCGGUUGAAUUGGCGGCGGUUGGAGUGUCAAUAUCGAUAUUUAAUUUGGUUUCCAAGUUGUUUAAUGUUCCAUUGCUUAAUAUUACUACUUCCUUUGUUGCCGAAGAGCAAGCAGUGAUUAGCAAAAGUAACGAUGGGAAGAGAGUUCUUCCUUCAGUUUCGACUUCUUUGGCGCUUGCUGCUGCUGCUGGCAUUGCGGAAACUGUUGCUCUCUUUGUUGGCUCGGGUUUCUUGAUGAAUAUCAUGGGUAUACCUGUUGAUUCGCCCAUGCGAGUACCAGCUGAGCAGUUUCUUACUUUGAGGGCCUUUGGUGCCCCACCCAUUGUAAUUGCACUUGCAGCACAAGGAACAUUUCGUGGAUUUAUGGAUACAAAGACACCCUUGCAACAAACAUUUACGCAUAUACAUAUGUUUUGGUUGAUGAUGAAUGCAAAAGAUGGCGUCAUGUUCACCACCAAUAUCAAUAACAUGGUCCCAUAUGCUCUGAAAAUAUGUGCCGGCAACUUACUUAAUGCAAUAUUGGAUCCAAUAUUCAUAUUUCUAUUUGGUUUUGGUGUUGGUGGUGCUGCGGUUGCUACAGUGAUUUCUGAAUAUCUGAUCGCUUUCAUUCUUCUCUGGGAAUUAAAUGGCAAAGUGCAACUUAUCUCUCCAAACAUUGAUGCAAGAGAAGUUAUCCGCUAUCUGAACUCUGGUGGUCUUCUUAUUGGCAGGACCAUAGCAGUGCUGUUAACCAUGACAUUAGCAACAUCUAUGGCAGCUAGGGAAGGGCCCAUACAAAUGGCAGGUCAUCAAAUUUGCAUACAAGUCUGGUUGGCUGUAUCUUUGCUUAAUGAUGCCUUAGCCAUUGCUGGCCAGGCUCUUCUGGCCAGUGGUUACUCCCAAGGGGAUUAUGAACAAGCACGCCUAGUGAUUUAUAGAGCUCUGCAGAUUGGUUUGGUAACUGGAAUUGCUUUGGGUGUGAUAUUAUCCCUUGGGUUUGGAGCUUUUUCCACUUUGUUCAGUACAGAUCCAGAAGUUCUGGGAAUUGCCUGGUCUGGCAUUUUGGUGAGGAUUGCUAUUCUGAAUACUUGUUUUCUUGUUGGAGAGCAUUUGUAUGUUCUUAAUAUGUUAUGUGUCAUCGAAGCUUAUGCCUUAUCUUAUGGGGUUGUCCUAGCAUCACCUCAAGCUAACUUGAAAACACCUUUUGAUCUAUGGUUCUCAAUUCCAGUCAAGACAUUUGUUGCUGGGUCUCAGCCAAUGAAUGCUCUUGCAUUUGUUCUUGAUGGGCUGUAUUAUGGGGUUUCAGACUUUGGCUUUGCUGCCUACUCUAUGGUGCUGGUUGCACUGGUUUCUUCUCUCUUUGUAUUUGUGGCUGCUCCUGUAUUUGGUCUUGCUGGAGUCUGGGCAGGUUUAUUUCUCUUCAUGACCUUGCGUGUAGUGGCUGGAGUUUGGAGGGUCCUAGAACAUGGCACGAGAAGCACUCGAGAUAUUGAAGACCACGGAGCAACAAUGUCAGUGCCCUAG